CGCGGGGCGGGCAGGGGCAGACGGGUGCCUCGGGGCGGCCGUGGUGGCCGGUGGCCGGAUGAAGGCCCGCAGGGGGUUCAGUGCCCUGCGAGGCGAGGCGACCCUCGGGCUCCCCGCGCGUGGUGGGCGGGGCGGCAGCAGAACCUGAACUGUCCGGAGCGUUCCCGGCUCAGUUCUCGUUUCUUCUCGCGGUUCCCGGGGUGGCCGGCGACACCCACGUGCCGGUUGUGGACAUCGCGCCCUUAGUCUGGUCUGUACCUGCCCUUCGCUUAACGUUUUGCAGGUGGAAGGCCGCCCACGUGUCUUUCUGCCGGUGUCGCCGGUGUCUUUGGAAACGGAGGCGACAGGACGCAGGAGCUCUUCUUGCAGGACGUGGCCGAGCUGAUCCGAGCCAAGGCCUGCCAGAGGGUGGUGGUCAUGGUGGGGGCUGGCAUCAGCACGCCCAGCGGCAUCCCGGACUUCAGGUCUCCAGGGACCGGCUUCUACAGCAGCUUCCAGCACUGCGACGUCCCGUACCCGGAGGCCAUUUUUGAACUCACCUUCUUCCUCCACAACCCCAGGCCCUUCUUCUCGUGGGCCAAGAAGAUGUACCCGGGGAGCUACAGGCCCAACGUGAUCCACUACUUCCUGCGGCUGCUCCAGGACAAGGGGCUGCUCCUGCGGCUCUACACACAGAACAUCGACGGGCUGGAGCGAGCGGCCGGCAUCCCUGACUCCAGGCUGGUCGAAGCGCACGGCUCCUUCGCCUCGGCCACCUGCACCGUCUGCGGCAGAGCCGCCCAGGCGGAGGGCUUCUGGGCCGAGGUGAUGGGGGACAGGGUCCCCCGCUGCGCAGUCUGCACCGGUGUCGUGAAGCCCGACAUCGUGUUCUUUGGGGAGGCGCUGCCCCAGAGGUUCCUGCUGCACGUGGUGGAUUUCCCCGCCGCAGACCUGCUGCUCAUCCUGGGCACCUCCCUGCAGGUGGAGCCUUUUGCCAGCCUGUCGGAGGCCGUGCGCAGCUCGGUGCCCCGCGUGUUCAUGAACCAGGAGGCGGCGGGGUCCCUGGCCUGGCGCCCUCGCAGCAGGGACGUGCUGCAGCUGGGGGAGCUGGUGGACAGCGUGGACAAGCUGGUGGAGCUGCUGGGCUGGACGGAGGAGCUGAAGGACCUCGUCCAGCGGGAGACGGGGCAGCUCAGCGGCCGGGACAGAUAGGGCGCCGUCCCCUAGCAGAACCGGGUGCAUGGAGUCACCUCGCGUUUCCGAGCAGACCGCCUGCCUGAAGGACAGCUCGGGCAGGUGUGCGAAGUUUGACCCAGAACAUGGACCGGGGGGGGCGGAGCAUGGUCCCUGGCACCGUUCCCGCCCUGUUCCUGCUGCGCUGCCCCUCGGUGUACGGAGUCCUGCCCACCCUGCAGGUCCCUCUUCACUUGCCGAGGAGACCCCGCCGACGCAGGCCGCACCACCCCGUGUCCAGGCCUCCACCCGCAGGGCAGGCUCCGCGUCUGUCAGAGGCCUGGCUCCCACGCCCCGCCCUGGGCUCUGCUGGCACGUCCGGCUCCUCGGGAGCGUUCCUGUCCUUCACUUCGGCGUGAAAUAAACUUCACUGUAGACA